ACAGGAAUCCCGGCAGCGCAGGAAGACGGUUUGGCAGGACUUGCAAGAGGAGGCCCUAUCAGCUUUCAACUAGAAGAGAUACCUGUACUUUUAGGUGCUGGCCAGGCAAAUGGGGAUCCCAGAUUGCUGAAUUUGGGUGUGGUUUCUGAAUUGCAGGAAAUCGCACUGGAGGGGGAGGGGCAUGCCUCAAAGAGGUUCACCUGAGGCUCCAACCAAAUAGCCUCACCACAGCUCCAGGAAGAACUAGGCUCCAGGGUACAGGGUGGAGGCAUGCGCUCAUCCAGCAGAAGGCCUCACACUGGACUCACUUUGUCACAGCGCAGGAUCCUAGCACAAGCAUUUGAGAGGAACCCACGACCAGGCUGUGCUACCAGGGAGGAGCUGGCACUUGAGACAGGGUUGCCCGAGGACAUGAUCCACACAUGGUUGAAAAACAAAAGAGCUCGGCGCCACAGGAGGGGCAGGCCCACAGCUCAAGAUCAAGACUUGCUGGCCUCACAAGUGUCCGGUGGGGCCCCUGCAGGUCCGGUAGGCAGGGGCCAUGAAGUUGCACAGGAGAGCUCAUUGCCACAGGAAGAAGCAGGAAGUACGGGCAUGGAUACUACAAGCACCAGCUACUCGCCCUCUUUCUGCAGAGAGUCCCAACUUUCCCAAGUGUCACAGCCCCGUGGAGCAGGCCAAAAAGAGGUCCCCACUCAAGCAGGCAACGUAGGCCCUCUGGAACUUCUCCUUGAUGAACUGCAGGACGAAGUACAGGUGAAAGAGCAUGUGCCAGACCCUUUGGAUUUGGGUAGUGAUCCUGGCGCCAGGGAGCCUGAAGGUUCCCAGGACAGCUUACAGAGCCUGGAUGAAGCAGCAAAUUCAGGCUGGCAUACCUCGGUCCCGAGCAUCUCGUCAACCUUGUGCAGAGAGUCCCAGCCUUCCCAAGUGGCACAGCCCUCUGGACCAGGACAAGCACAGGCCCCCACUCAAAGUGGGUUCAUAGACCCUCUGGAGCUCUUUCUCGAUGAACUGCUGACUGAAGUCCAACUUGAGGAGCAGGGGCCUGCCCCUGUGAAUGUGGAGGAAACAGGGGAGCAAAUGGACACAACACCUGAGCUGCCUCUCACCCCAGAAGAAUAUCAGACUCUUCUAGAUAUGCUCUGACUCCCUGACAGUACCCCUUGCAUCUAGACACCCGCGAGGCCAAAUCCUAAAGAGACCCAAUUUGGAACUGGAGAAGGUACCCAUUUCAGCAAGGAUGUGCACAAAAAUGCAACUCCAGUGACUUCCCGAAAUGCAAGGUGUCUUGCUAACUAUAAGGAUGGAUUGCAGGUGGGGAUAAUAAUGAAGUGCCUUCUGCAGCGCCCAGGGAUUAGGAAAUCAGCCCUGAAAGUGAGAGACUCUGCUACAGGGACAGAUGGAGAGGCCAAUAGUGACUCCUCAACAACAAGGAGCCUAAAGAUAACCCCAAAAGAAGGGCCACACCAAGUGACUGGCUCCAGUGGACCCCAGGAAAUCACACGGGACACUAGGACUAGGCUUCACUACAGAGGACACACACUCCCUGAGGGCAAUCGGGAGAGUGGACUCCUUCCCUGGGUUGUAUGGACUGCUGCUAUUCUUACAGAUGCUUCGUGCAGAGCUGUGCAAGGUUUUACAGGCCAGUCUUUUAAUAUCUACUACCCAUAGGUCUUUUGUUUGUUUUCUUUUUCUUUUUCACUUUCUUUUUCAUUUUUUUUUCUUUAUUUUUAUGGGUGGGUUGUCUUUGCUGGGUUUGGUUUGGUUCUGUGUAGUUUGUUUCCAUUGCUUUCAAUAAAGUUUAUUGAUUUUG